CGUCAAAAAGGCUUAAACAGUCCCACGAGUAUAAAUAUGUAAAGGAUACAACAUAAUUGAGCAGAAUAUAAAUAAGUGAGACGGAUUGAAAUCGGGUUAGACAAGAGAAGGAGAUGGGGUUCACUGAUAAACAAGAAGCUUUGGUGAAGGAUUCAUGGGAAGCCAUGAAGCAAAACAUUCCUCAACUCAGUCUUCGUUUCUUCUCAUUGAUACUGGAAAUAGCACCAGCAGCAAAGAACAUGUUUUCAUUCUUGAAGGACUCAGACGAAAUUCCUCAGAACAAUCCUAAGCUUAAAGCUCAUGCUGUUAAGGUUUUCAAGAUGACAUGUGAAUCGGCGGUUCAGCUUCGGGAGAAGGGGGAAGUGGUGGUUGGUGAUACCACUCUCAAUUACUUGGGAUCCAUCCAUGUCCAGAAAGGAGUUAUUGACCCCCACUUUGAGGUAGUAAAAGAAGCAUUGUUAAGAACAGUGGAAGAAGCAAUGGGAGAGAAAUGGAGUGAAGAAAUGAAAGAAGCAUGGGCUGAAGCCUAUGACCAAUUGGCUGCUGCCAUUAAAGCUGAGAUGCACGCUGAGGCUGCUGCCUAGUCCUACCUAUCAUGUGCUCUUUUUAUUUAUUUAUUUAUUUAUUUAUAUAUAAUAUGUUUGUGGGGGUGCCUAUGCCUAGCUAGCCACUCUUCUUUAUUUUCAGUUCCCCACAUAUGAAUGAAAGAAUGGGUGUGAUUGAUACAAA